AUGAGUAGCCAAAUUCACAACAAGGCAGCUGCUGGGGUUCCUUACUUCACCCCGGCCCAGGAACCUCCGGCCGGUACCCCGCUCAAGACCGAUUUGGUGCCGACUCUCUUUAAGCCACUCCGUACGCGGGGUGUUGAACUCCAGAACCGCUUUGUCGUUUCUCCCAUGUGCACCUACUCGGCUCAAGAUGGUCACUUGACGGAUUUUCAUCUCGUCCACCUCGGACAAUUUGCUCUGCAAGGUGCCGGUCUUGUGUUCGUUGAGGCUACUGCUGUCGAGCCUCGUGGGCGUAUUAGUCCUGAGGACUCGGGUCUCUGGGACGACAGCCAGAUCGUGCCUCUCAAGCGUAUCACAGACUUCAUCCACAGUCAGAAUACCAAAGCUGCAAUUCAGCUUGCACAUGCUGGCAGAAAAGCGAGCACAGUUGCACCUUGGAUUGGCGGUUCUGUGAACAAAGCACUUGCUACUAAGGAAGUCGGAGGUUGGCCUGAUGAUAUCGUUGCGCCUAGUGCUAUUACAUUUGCUGAUGACUAUGGAACGCCGCAUGAAUUGACGACCGAAGAGAUCAAAACCCUCGUGAAACAGUGGCAAGAGUCUGCUGUACGAGCUGUCAAGGCUGGAUUCGAUGUAAUUGAGAUCCACGCAGCUCAUGGUUACCUUGUUCACCAGUUUCUUUCGCCUCUCACCAACAAACGAACGGAUCAGUAUGGCGGAAGUUUUGAGAACCGUACCCGCCUGCUAUUCGAGAUCAUCGAAGCCGUUCGCGCUGUUGUUCCCGAGGAGUUGCCCCUCUGGGUGCGUAUCUCUGCCACAGAGUGGAUGGAAUGGAAUAAUGAACCAUCUUGGGACCUCGAGAGCAGCAUUGAUCUCGCUAAACAACUCCCAGCAUUGGGGGUGGACGUUCUCGAUAUUAGCAGCGGUGGCAACUUGAAGGCGCAAAAGAUCAAGGUUCACCAGACACUCCAAACCGAUCUCGCAGGCAAGAUCCGCGAGGCAUUGCGUGCUGACGGCAAGGAGCUUCUGAUCGGAACAGUUGGAUAUAUCACUGAUGGUCCUUUCGCUCGCUUGUUGGUUGAAGAGAAGGAGGAUCCAAAGGCCGAUCUGGUGCUUGCUGCAAGACAGUUCCUCCGGGAGCCAGACUUUGUGCUCAGCGCCGCAGAUCAACUGGAUGUUGAUGUCAAGUGGCCGAUUCAGUAUCAUAGGGCAACCCCAAAGAACCGCAAGCCGCACAGCAAAUAA